ACCUCCAACUUAGGCUUCCCAUCCUUCGACGUGUACCCUUCGACGUGUUUUGUCUUUUGUGGCAACGAGGACUGCUGAAAUAGUAUCUUACUCUCAACCAUGCACACUCACACACUCACACAUAGGCCUUUUUUGUUCGCCAAGGAAGCACACGCCGUCAACCCAUGGCUAUUCAAACGACUGUUCCUGAACAAGAUGUUGCCGCAUCGCCUUGCCGAUAUAUAUCUGAUAGACGACAGCCGCUUCCAUUCCACACCAUAAUUUUUAAUGUCAUUUGAAGAUCGCUUCUAUUUAUCUUCACAAUCUUUUAUUUGUCGCAAAAUCAAUCCCUCCAAUGUAUCGUUACUAAAGUUUAUCUCCACGUUUUCGCAUGGCUUCUUAGCCUAUUAUUUAGCAGCUUUCAAGAUUUGGUUCGGUCAAUCUUCUACUUUUAAAAAGUAAUAAAAUUUGAUGGGUCUGGUUUAAAUGAA